CACAGAGCACCGGAAGCGAUCGAGAAUGAAGAGUGUGAUCUACCAUGGCCUUGCGCAGAAAGAGGCAAAGGAGUCCGAUGUUGAGCCUUUGGGAGGCCGUCGGGCCGAGGCCUUCGUGAGGGCCUUCCUGAAGCGCAGCAUGCCUCGCCUGCCCCCAGAAGCCCUCGAGGACCGGCUGCAGCGCAAGGCGGUCAUCCUGGAAUACUUCACUCGCCAGAAGCGCAGGGAAAAGAGGAAGAAAUCCAAAGGCCUCUCUGCCCGGCAGAGGAGGGAGCUGCGGCUCUUUGACAUUAAGCCAGAACAACAGAGGUACAGUCUGUUUCUCCCCCUACAUGAACUCUGGAAGCAGUACAUCCGGGACCUGUGCAAUGGGCUCAAGCCCGACACGCAGCCUCAGAUGAUUCAGGCCAAGCUGUUAAAGGCAGAUCUUCAUGGUGCCAUGAUCUCAGUCACAAAGUCCAAAUGCCCCUCUUAUGUGGGCACUACGGGAAUCCUCCUACAGGAGACAAAGCACGUUUUCAAAAUUAUCACCAAAGAAGACCGCCUGAAAGUUAUCCCUAAGCUGCACUGUGUGUUCACCGUGGAAAUCGAUGGCUUUGUUUCAUACAUUUACGGGAGCAAAUUCCAGCUUCGGUCAAGUGAGCGGUCUGCGAAGAAGUUCAAAGCAAAAGGCACUAUUGACCUGUGA